AGCGGCUAAGGAGUUGCAUUCUCUUUUUAUUUGUGCCGGAGACUUAGGGCGGGUUACCGAAUUAGAAUCACACCCCCCCGCACCCGCAGUGCCUUCCUUGGCCCGUUUCCUAGUACUCAAAAUCUCAAAAUAUGUGAGCAACAAACACACUAACAAAGUAGCGGAACAGAUUAUUAUCUAGGCUCCUCGGUUGCUUCAGGACAGUUUAUCGAAUUGAAGAGAGGCAGGGGAUUUGUUCCUGAGGAAUGUUGUAAUGCUGUAUUGCUCUGCUAUUUGUUAGCCUGAAUUUGAUCAUAAGGGAAAACAAGAAGGGAAGCCUUGUGAUCAAAUUCAGGCUACCAAAUCCCGGAACCAUUCAAAUGCCCUAAAUAUUAACUCUAAGAGAAACAUGGAAGCAAGAUCGCUGUCCUGCGUGUCGCUGUCUGGCGCCUCUAGAUUGGUUAGGGGUAGAAGACCCUUUUGAGAGAAGUACUAACUAUUUCAAAGCGGCCUUUAAGGAACAUAGUAUAAAAUGAUAUGUCUAAGUAAAAGUUAGUAGUCACUCGAUGCCAAGUAUAGACUGUACUACCGAUCAAAUAGGGAAUAUCAUGAGAAGCGAAUGUACUACUACCGAUUACUCAGCUUGUUUUUCGUUAUAUUUUGAACCAGGUCCUCCAGUUGAGGCAACGAGUUGGAACGCCCACGAUUCUUCUUCAAGCUAUCAGAAUUAUGGCAAUGACGAGAACAACUAUAGACAGGAAGGAACAAAAGCGAACGACCCCAAAGGAGAAGAUUGGUGGUAUGGAUGAUGUUUUUUCUCCCAUUUAACAGACCAUCGAGGCAGGCCCUUUCCCCCUUGCAACAAGCAACUGUAUAGGUUAAAGGAGGCCUCAAUGGUCUGCCUCGAUGGAAUGGACACCAUCCAUAUGUGGUCAGACGCAUGGUGGUGGACAGAAGAUGACGGUGAGAAGUACUACGGAGGUGCAUCUCGCGAUAUUGAUUAAGGCUUCUCGUAAUCCAUCUCGUGCUCGUGGAGCAUCCUGGGACGGCUUUUCAAGGGGAAAAAGAUCGCAGGAUGAUCAAUCCUCGGGAUGUUGAAUUAGGUGGAUGAUCUCUAAAAUGAGAAGCAUGCAAGAAAGAAGCGCAAGGUGGUCGUCGAUUCAUACAACAACCAUGAGGAAGAUAAAGCGGGAGCGGUGUCAUAUGCGGAUGUCGGCGACGAACGUCCCUUACGGAACCACUACAGCUAUUU